AUGCUAGAUGUUCUGUUGAUUGUGAAGCGCUACGAGUACGUGAACCUGUUUCAUACUAUCACCGAUUGGUACAACGCCUUUCUAGCCAUGCGCUGGGGCCAUCUGCCGGCUAGCCGGGUUAAGAUUCUUUUUGUUGAUGCUCAUCCGGCUGGUUCCCUUGACGAAGUGUGGGAUCGGCUAUUUCCUGCCGGUGUCUGGCAGAUUAAAUCGGUCCGCAGACCCUUUGUUACAGGCAACAAAACUGAACAAUAUGUUUUUAUAAAUCAG